CCAACUGUAAAGGCUGUCUCAAGAAUCGGGAUGCUGAAAUUCAGUUUAAUUUUUGUCAGUGUUCUGCAAGCUUCUUUGCUGGCUGGUCAGUACACAUCCUCAAGAGCCUUUACAUCAUCCAUGAACAGCUCCUUGAACACCACUGUGGUGAACCUGCAUCAGCCCAGUAUCUCAUUCAGUGAUGCUGAUAAACAGGAAGUGACCCGGGGUUACAGCUUCUUCAUCAACUGCUCCACUAAACCUCAGUAUCCAGGAGGUUCCUUCCAUUUGGCGCUUAAUGGAUCCAACAUUAGGACUCAGCCAGCUGAUAACCACUCAGCUGUCUUCCUUUUUCCUAAGGCAGAUUUUGUCGAUCAGGGAAACUACAGCUGUACUUAUGAAGUUAAAGUGUCUUCAAGCUCCUUUAAUUCCACUGCCAGUAAAUCCCUGUUCAUCACUGUGAAAGCAUCUCUGAUUCCCUACAUUAGUGCUGGAGGAACAGCAGGACUGCUUCUCAUCUUAGUUUUAGUCAUUAUUUUGUUUGUGAAGAAAAGAAAAAGAGGGAAAUUUCAAGUGGAAUCAAAAGAGGAUACACAGUAUCCCAGAACCACAAGGAGUCUUCAAGGAGAUGCUGAGACAGAUGAUGAUGAAGCUGAUUAUGAAAAUGCUGAAAUAACUUUACAACAGAUGGAGGAUUCAGAGGACUCAGAUAAUGACUAUGUUAAUGUUGGUGGUAAACAAAGGAGUGACAUGAACAACAGUUAUGAGCAUGAGGACAUUUAUGCAAACUGUGUAGCGUAGUGUGGAAAACUACGGAAUUAUCCAAUAUCAACAGUCACGAAACAAUACCAUGGUUAAACUAAAUAAUUUACCAUUGUUAAGAUAUCCUUGUUGUUAAUUAUAUACGUUAUUUAUAGCCAUAACAUUAUUACCACUGACAGGUGAAGUGAGUGCCACUGAUCAUCAGUUAUAUACAGUACCAGUAAAUUGGUGAUAGAAUCAUGGGCACCCAAGACUCACCUCAGAGACCAAAGACCAG